GGACUGGGGUGUGUGAAGAGAAAGAUAAGAAGAAUAUGCCUCUUAGUUGAGUGAAUGAAGGGGACGGCAGGAUCUCUGACGGCGGGGCGGCCAGCCCAACAGGACUCUGGUAGUUUGGGGGGGCACCGGCCCUGAAGAUUUCCGAGAGCAUGGAUCCCCUCUCGGGAUGAGACUGAUGACACAUGCUGAGGAGCACUUUAGGGGAGGAACCAACAGAAGGUCCCGACAUGAGCCCCUGGCCCGAGUCCAGCUGGACCACCCCGCAGGAGUUCGUGAUCCUGGGAUUCUCCGGGUGGCCCCACGGGCUGCAGCAGCUGUUUUUCGCCUUCCUCCUGCCGCUCUAUCUGGCCACGCUGGCCGGAAACCUGCUCAUCCUGGGCCUGGCUGUCGUGGACCCUGCCCUGCACACUCCCAUGUACUUCUUUCUGGGGGCACUUGUCCACUGUGGAGGUGGCCUACACGCUGGUGCUGACCCCGCACAUGCUCGCCGGCUUCCUGCUGCCGCCGGGGGGCCAGGUGGUGGCCCGAUCCACCUGCGCUGCCCAAAUGGGCCUCUUUGUGGCCCUGGGCAGCUCUGAGGGCCUGCUGCUGGCCGCUAUGGCCCUGGACCGCUACCUGGCCAUCUGCCGCCCCCUCUACUACCCCCAGCUCAUGACCACGGGGCUCUGCUGGUACCUUCUCGCCUCCUGCUGUGCUGGGGGCUCUGUCCUGGCCUUGGGGCUCACCAUGGCCAUUUUCCAGCUGCCCUUCUGCCAGGGGGCCUCAGUCGACCACGUCUUCUGUGACCUCCCGGCGGUGUUGGUGCUGGCCUGUGGGAACCACCAGCUGCAGGAGCAGGUCCUGCUGGCAGCUUGCCUGUUGCUGCUGGUGCUGCCCCUGGCCCUGAUCCUGCUGUCCUACAUCAGGGUGCUGGUGGUCAUCCUGGGCGCCGGGGGGUCUGCAGGCCGCCACAAGGCCUUCAACACCAUGGCGUCGCACCUCACGGUGGCUGUGCUUCACUACGGCUGUGCCACAGCCAUGUACGCCAGGCCCCUGAGUGGCCGCUCCCUCAAGGAGGACAAGCUGGUCUCGCUCAUCUACAUCAGCUUCACACCACUGCUCUACCCCACCAUCUACACGCUGCGGAAUCAGGAUGUGCAGCGCGCCCUGCAGCGGGCGGUCAGCAGCAGGACAGCAGGGUCCGUCCCCCAGGCUGACAUCAGCUAACGGUGUGAGCCAGGUGGUGUCUGUCCUGAAAUUGCCCUCAUUGAGGGGAACCUCACCAUUCCAGAGCCCUCUGUGGCUCCCCGGGACGGGCUGGACAGAAACCUGAGUACGGCGUAUCAGGACUCCAAAAUCGGACCUCAGCCUAGUUCUUUGGCAUCUGUGGACAUUUCAAGCUGAACAGUUCUCGUUGGUGGCCAUGCACUGUGGGAUGUUCUGCGCCCCUUGUCUCUGCCCAGUAGAUGCCAGUAACACACCACUGCUCCCCCGCAGUUGAGAUGACCAAAACUGUCACCCAACAUGGCCAAACGUCACCCGAGGGGCAAGGUCAGCCCUGGUGGAGAACAGCUGCGCUGAACUCUGGCCACACAGUAUCCGCUGAAGAGAAACGAGUGCUCCUACACAAGAAGUUUAUGGCUGCGUUAUUGGUAACAGACAAAAACUGGAAACGAGCCAAAUGUUCAUGGACAUGGGCUAGACACAGAGAUGGGGCGCCUGGGUGACUCCGUUGGUUGGGCGUCUGACACUUGAUCUCGGCUCAGGUCAUGAUCCCAGCAUCGUGAGUUCAA